CAUGGAACACCAAGAGCAAGGUAUUGAUAUACUGGAUGUUCAUCACUACUUUCAGGGGUUUUAUCUCAUCUGGUAUUAAAGUGUCUUGGAAAACGUCCAGCAUUUUUAAGUCUCAGUUCUCUUUUGAAAGUGAAGAUAGGUAUCGCAUGCGCACGCAUCAGUCUUGUUUUUCUUUCAACGUAGAGUGACGCUGACUCCAUCACAAAAACUGCAAAAUGCACGGUCGUAAAAAAGAAACUCUUUCCAAAGAGAAGCAGGCGGAAAAGGAUGCUGAGGAGCGCGCGCAAGUUCGUAAGGGCAACGAACUCUUUCGUACGAUCCUUCUUGGUCGUAGGACGUUGCCACCUGUCAAAUUGCUGGAGGCGACGAAGAAAGCCUUAUUGCUGAACCCCGACUUCGGUACGCUAUGGAACAUCAGACGCGAACUAUUCGAAGCUUUGGGACAAGAGGCUUUGAAGGUCGUUGGUGGUGGGGGAAAUGGAAGUCGAAUUGGUGGUAGAAGCGGCACCUCCACCUCUGGUGGAGAUGGAGAUGGAAAGAACGAAGAGAGCGGGGAAAAGAAUGUUGUGGACCAGGGUGGUGGUUUGGAGAAGGAAAUAAGGGAGGAGGUUGAAACUUCUGCAAGUCGUGCGGAAAUAAGGGAGCAAAUUGAAACUCCUGCAAGUCGUGCGGGGGUCGAUAAUACCAUGGAAAACAACUCAGCUUCUACGGCAUCUACGGCAACACUACUAAUAGGCACAGCGUCACCUCCUUCCUCAAGUACAGGCUCAAGCGGACAAACAACUUUAGCCGAUUUGGAGUCGCAGCUACUAGGUGAAGUAGCUCUCCUCGACAAGGCGAUGGAGCGGGCACGAAAAUUGUACUGUCUAUGGAUGCAUAGGCGAUGGGUCAUAAACAAACUUCUGGAGUUGAAGAUGAACGUGGAGGAAGUCGAAGUCAGUAACAACUUCUACGUUGAAGACGUCGACAUUAACAAAUACAAAGUUGAAGAAGACAACAGUAGAAAACAAGGCGACGACGUCGAGCCAGCAGGUCAAGGCACUCCGGUUUCGACGAGCACGGCCUCUACGUCACCACAAAAACCUGAGCACGUUGUAGGUGUGGAUGUGUCAACAUCUUCGUCAACUAGCGUAUUGAGCAGGAAGAUGGAGGUAAUAACGCAGCGUGCAGAAGCUCUUGCUGCAGCCUCAGCUUUUUUACAGACGGAAGUUGGAAAGCUAGAUCGCUUCUUUGCCUUAGACGCGAGAAAUUACCAUGCCUGGAAUUACCGCGACUUUGUAGUGCAGAAGAGGCGGGAAAUGUCUGAACACAUUUCGGCAGUCGAGCUGUCGAACGAGAGUAGUCGCGAACAAAAGGUGGCGCACAGCUCUACUAGCGGGUCAUCUUUUGGUCUUUCCCUUGGCCAAGAAAAUUUAGCUCUUUCCGAAAAACUUAUCAACGAGAAUUUCAGCAACUACUCAGCGUGGCACUUGCGUGCAAAAUGUACCAGCAGCGCCAGUAUGUUCGCUAGGGCGAAACUGAAGAACGCGGAGUCGUUGUUCAACCAGGAAAACGCGAAUAUCAACCUUGAAACAGAGUUGGAGUGGCUACAAGAAGCAAUAUUCACGGAGCCGAACGACCAGAGCAUCUGGUUCUAUCACGAGUUUUUGCUUCUACGAAAUCGAUCGCCACAAUUGCAAGAAGCGAAGGUACUAGAGUUACCUGGCGGAAGCGAUCAUGAAGAGGAAGGGCAUCAAGCAGAGCCAAACGAAUCUGCGAGCAGCUGGGGCAAGGGUGGGAGGUUACUUCUCGAGUGCGGGCCAACAGUCGUACCUGAGAAGACUUGUUCCUCUUCAACAUCACCUUCUAGCAACAAAAGGCGACUCUACUUCCUCCUCAGUGCAGCUGUACGGGCAAGAGACGUGACAGUGCGGGUCGCGAAUGACAAGGACAACGAAAAAAUUUGUUUUCCUGUCUAUCCACAUACAACAUGGAAAAUGAGUCGAGGAUUAGGAAGAGCUACUGGAUCUGGCGCUUCCAAACAUAUCAUACCAGACGCUGAGAAAUUCACGUCGAUUUUCUACAUAGAGAUUUCAGACAAGGUUAUGGAAGGUCUGCAGGAUGAGGAAAUGGUGGAGCAGAAGAUUUUCAUGGUCGAGCUUGACAUCUCCAUCUCUCUUGCGCCGGCAUUUGCAGGUCAACUAUUCGCACAACAUUCUUCGAAUGUGGCUAGCAGUAGCAAUAAGGGCACAAUGAACGGCAAUAGGGGUGCUGUGUCUACUUCAAAUGAGACAGUCGUUCCCGCAGGGACUUUGAGGCUGAAACUACUGGAAAAAGAUGUGGAAGAUCCGAGGGUCCUAAAAGCUUCCUGUAGUCUUUCAGCAACCUCUGAGCUAGGAUUUCAAGUGACUCCGGAAAUCGUUGAGACUGAACUGAAUCGGAUCGACGAGCUACUCAGUGUGGAGCCUGAUUGUUACUUAGCCGUGUUGAGCAAAGCAAGGCUUUCGGAAGCUCUCUACUGGUCGCUGGAAGGACACCCGGAAGCGGAAUCCGACUCCGAGUCAAGAGAAGCAGAAAGAGACGUAGAUCUAACCCGACGUCAAGAACUGAAAGCACAAGUUAUUGAGCUAUACCAGGACUUGGCAGACACGUUGGAUCCUAUGCGACGUGCAUAUUACAAGGAUCAAGCAACAAGGUUAGGAAAUGGGUUAAGAUCUGCCGAACAUAGAGCUUUUGCAGAGAUCGUUGGGCUAGAUAAAAAGGUGUCUGCUGAGAAGAUGCGUCUGCCGUAAUUCUGCAGGAGUCAGAUUUUUGGUCGCCGUAGAUGCACACUCUGUUCUGAUGUACUUAAUCGAUCAUACUUCUGGACAACACCAAACAUAUUUUUCCCAUUGUUCACGUUGUUCGUUUGACCCUCACUUUUUGUUCCCACUCAUAUCCGACAUGGCAAUUCGAUGCCACACCCUUUUCCCUAUCAUGGCAUCAGAGUGUGCACCCCACGCACUAACCCAACGCGACAAGAAAGAUUUUUUUAUCGCCUUUUGUUUCAAGCGAGGAAAGGUACUAGCUAACACAGUGUAGAUGACCGUCAUUUUUAGUCGUCGUUGU